AUGACGAAUGAACACACAGCAGUUGAGCAUCCUCAGACACUUCAUAAUGGACAAAUUGCAUCUAGAUCUGCAAAUGGAAGUGCAACAUCAGGAAAUCUAGCUCCAGGACAAGGUAUUGACUAUAAUCAUCCUCUAUUUCUUAGUCCUACUGAUGUGAGUGGGAUGAGUAUCAUCUCGUUUCAGUUGUUAGGAAUUGAGAAUUAUAUUUUGUGGAGUAGAUCAGUUAGGCUAGCUCUGCUAGGGAGGAAUAAAAUUGGUCUGAUUAAUGGCACUUCUAGAAAUGAGGAAAGGUUUGAUAGAGUGGAUGGGUCUAGAACCUAUAGUCUCCAUAAAGAUAUAACCUCUUUACAACAAAGAACUGCUUCUGUGUCUGUCUACUACACUAGAUUGAAAAAUUUGUGGGAUGAAUUUGAGGCCUUAGUGCCUCCUCCUUGCUGCAAUUGUGACAAAUCAAAAAGUUUUGUAGUGCAUUUGAACAGGCAGAAGUUAUACCAAUUUUUGAUGGGAUUGAAUGAAUCAUACCAUCAGGCUAGGAGUCAGAUCUUUUUGAUGGAUCUACUCCCAAACAUUAAUCAGGCCUAUGCUAUGAUAAUAGGGGAUGAGAGUCAAAAGGCUGUAGUUACCAGCACCAGUGGUAUGGACAUGACUGCAGUUGAUUUGGGACACACUGGUGAUCAUUUGUCUACUAACAGAUAUGCAGGGUCUGUUAUGUUUACAACAGAGUUUGGUGGUUUUGCAGUUCCUCACUACACUAAGGUUGCAAGCCAUGCUGAGAGGGAAGUUCAACAACUCCUUCAGGGUUGCACCUUCACAAAGGAUAAGUAUGAUCAUAUCCUUCAAAUAUUUCAGAACAAACCAGAACAUACUACCAGUGAUGGUAAUGUAGCACACACUGCAGGAGCUACAGAUCAUAUGGUGUCUAAUCUGGAUAUGUUGACUAAGGAGACUGUGUCAAAACUUGAAGUUCCUUGGACAAUAUCUCCUCCUAAUGGUGAUGUCACUCAAGUAACUUAUAUUGGUUUUUGUGCCUUAUCAAAUAGAAGAGCUCUACAAUGGAAGGGUAAAGAGGUUGGUAAGGAAGCUGGUGGUCUAUAUGUGUUGUUGAGCCAACUAAAUAACUACAAUAAAGAUUCUCUGUGUUGGUUCCAAGCUGGACUCAUAUGUGCUCAACUAUUUAAAGAUUUGGGGAUCAUUCAUCAAAGAACUUGUCCAUAUACUCCUCAGCAAAAUAGAGUGGCUGAAAGGAAGCAUAGACAUUUGCUUGAGGUAACAAAAACACUUAGAUUUCAAGCAAAAAUUCCUUUAAAGUAUUGGGGACACUGUGUACUGGCUGCUGCUUAUGUUAUUAAUAGACUACCUAGUAGUGUUCUUCAAUUUCAGACACCUUAUGAGAAGCUGUAUGAGAAACCACCUAUACUAACUCACUUGAGGACUAUAGGUUGCUUGUGCUUUGCAAAAGUCCUAAAUGAGCAUGACAAGUUGCUCCCAAGAUCAAGAUCAACAAUACAUAUGGGAUACUCUGAUACAAAAGGGGUACUUAUUGUUGGAUUUACACAGUAA